AUCAUCACAUGUCCACGCCAUUCGGUGUUUAUUGCACCUACGCGACGUACCGCAGUGACCUCAAGCCAUGAACUUCGGCGCAAAAAGCAAAGAUCUGCUUGUAGAGUUGAAAAGAAGCGAUUGGUUGCCGCCUUACAACGAAGACGGCGUUCGCGGCGUGUUGGCUGAGAUUCAGGCUCUCUACGACGAACUCACGGAUACUCUUGGAGGCAGAACAACGAGUGACAUACCAGAUCCAGUGAAGGUCAGCCUCGUGGUUCAUCAUCAAGCGCUCCUCCGAAAUAAACGCUGCCUUCUUUCGUACCUCAAGUGGAGAGCAGACAGAAUCACCCAAUUACGGUGGGAAACAGGACCUGUUGUUCCACAAGAACUGCAGCAAAGCUUGAGCGCCAGAGAGAUGGAACUGUUCAACACGUACGAUCGAAUUCUUACGAACUUUACACAGGGUCUGAAUUUGGAUCUCACAGCAGAUCUUCAACCGCCGAAGGAGUUGCACGUGGAGGUCAGGGUUCUGAGCGACUGCGGGGAAAUAAUGACAGAUCACGGAUCUGUAAAGCUUGACCGUGGAACAACCCACCUGUUGCGGCGAUCUGACGUGGAACAUCUCGUACGCCAAGGUCUACUCCAAGAGCUAGAGAACGAGUCGACCUAGCUUCGCUUUCCCAUUGUUUGCAGUGGUGUCAUACGUUGUCGGCUGCUGCCGCGGUACCUGAAAGCGGUAGUUAGGUCUACACUGCGUGUAGUUCAGGAGCAUUGUUUGGACGAUAUUCUGCAAGACGAUCUACACGUAUGUAGGUGUUCAUUGGAGGCCUAACCUACUCCACGAUCCAGUCAGCGAGCCCGUCUAACGAACAAUAGGUGUGAUGGGAGUUCGGAUCUCACCGGAUUUGUCGUCGAUCGUUCUACCUGAGAAAGCGUAAGCGUUAGAAAGUGACAGGCGGAGGGUUGGACCAGCACACCCACUAUGAGCCGGUUCAGUAGGCUGACUGAGUGGGCUAAUAUAUAGGUUGGCGGAUAAACUAACAAGGCGUAUGCCUGGAGAUCGAACUUCACCGGGUGUGUUGCGGAUUGUUUCCCUGAGAGACAGGUCACGCUGGGAGGCAGGAGAGUGGGCCCCCAAUAUACGAUUGGCCGCCUCAGUCAGCACCGGGGGGGGGUACAUGCGGGUAGUCAAACCAAAGAACCCUCAAAAGCCUCUCGCUGCACACCUUUUUAGUGAGAUGGGAUUCCCGACCUUCUUAAUUUCCCGUUAGAUGAGCCAACUGCCAGAACACUCAGUAAGCCGAACAACAGCCUGCGCCAUCCUCGAAACACUCAUUAUUCGACGAGCAAAAGAGUGAAAGUUCGAAAGCGUGGAAGAAACCUUCGGUCUGCCGUGCGCUCCAACCUACCGGUGCUUCAUAAAGGAUGACCGUACAUCGGGUUUGAGAUAUAGAUACAGUUAAGCGCCCGCAAUUGAAUUUUUUUAUGAAAUUGAGGCUCACUCUUGCACGAAAAACUGUCUGGGUCACACAACCAAGAAAUGCCUCUAUAAGAAACAGCGGCGACCGCUGCCCUACUACAUAAGAAACGAGGGGUUACGGGGGGGGGCGUCCAAUCAGAAACACCCCCACAGCUCCUCCUAUCUCUCGCUCUUUCCCCCCUCCCCUCCCAUAGUGCAAUAUUAGUUGUACGACGAGGGGGGAGUGUGUUUGUUUUGCGGCGCCCCCUCCGGCCCCCUGCCGGCUCUGGUGCUCUGGCACAGCACACCAGACAGGCUGCGAACCACGAUAUACUGUCUGCUGUACGGUUUUCAUGGUGCUCUCCACCAGCUCUCGUGAGGGCAGAUCAUUUGUAUAUUUUGAACGUUCGUUGUGUAAUGUGGGCCCGACCCGGUUUGACCGCCUCACGCAGCGUCUGAGUUGUGGGGGCGAAUUUCGGCCGCCUUAUAUCGGGUUACCGCCUUAUUCACACACCCCGCCUGCCUGCUGUAUCUAGGAAUUGGGACUCGACGCAAAGUAAGCAAUAAAGUAUGGCAGUAGCAUGUCUUGUGUAAUCGAAGUACUAACUUACUCUAGGGGACAGUCCCCCCAUUUUUCGUGGGGUGAGAGACGUGUACUACACUUUGCGAUGGGUACAUACAUGUAGAGUGCACUUUUGGGUGUGUAUUUUUUCGCUCUUCGUAACUAAAACCAUCCAGGGUCACACAGAAGGGACAGGACCUUUCGUUGUGGCACCUUCUAGAGGGAACAUACAUACAUGUCGUCCCUUAGAGAGCAAGGCAACAGCAAGCACUGCUGUUCCAAGAGAUUAAUAUCCAAGUGAGUCUUCAUCAGGGUCUUCAGGGAUCGCUACGCGUGUAAUCCCCACAUGAUGAUUUGGCGUCGUCUGCAAACACCGGGCGGGGCUUAGUUCUCCUUUUUAUUUGUAUUUACUUGUUUAUUUAUUUUUUGCCUUCCGACAAUGACAUUUGCAGAUGUACCUCAGAAAACUGUCACUUAAUGUCUCAUACUCUACAUGAAUAUUGAACCAAUACGAAGUACAACAACAUAUGUAGGACUUAUUUCUACUGUCACUUACAUCGUAAAAAUAUCUCCUCUUCAACUUGAAAUAAAACCAAUGACAAUCCUGAUGGUAUCCUAUAUGCGUUCGUAAGCUUGCUAACAUACUACUUACUGCAUUGACGUCCUCUUCUUGUAAAAGCUGAAAUCCAACAAAUGCUUUGAUCCAUGCUACAUCUCCGUGUUGGAAAAGCCCUUUCUUCUCCGUUCAUGAUAAUAUCUUACCCUAUUCUACGCAAAUCUGUCACAUCUACUCUCAAACAAGACGCCAACUUCAAGCGAAAACGCGUUCUACGAUGCGUCUAGACUCCAUCCCCAUAUCAUUGGCGUUGACUGGUUCGAGGUCACCACCAAUAUUUUUAUUGUCGUGCCCCACCUUCCUCCUGCGGUACUUGCUGAAUUAUGUUUUUUAUCGCGAGAAAGAAGGGUCCAGCCGUCCCUUUCCCUCGACGACGAACGGUGCUAUUUAUAACGGCAAAGUUUGUGCAGAUUGAUAAGUACCGGUGGUGUAGUCUGGGGGAGUUUUCAGAAAAAAUAGUUCAAGAAGGACAUGGCAGACGCAUCCAUACGUCUCCGGGAACCUCUCGCUUUCUCCAAAUAAUGGCCUGACCUCUGAGCGCGCAAGCCCGGAGGAGGAGUGACUUGAUCAUGGGACACAAAACCUCUUACUACAAUAGUAAUAAUAUCAGCAGCGCGUCGGGACCAGAGGAGGACAGGAGGAGGGCGGACUGUCCUUGCUGGAGGACGGCAUCGCAUCUCUAUCUAUCCGCGGCAGAUAUGAUGAUACUAGCUACAGGAGUGAGUGUAGAUACGAGUCAAGGAGUGAGUGUAUCCUUAGCCGUGGAAAGCUUUGGCCGCCUUGGAGAGGAGGGUUACGAGUUCAUCGAUGAACUUGCGACACAUGCCGUGGGAGGAAGGGACGGAGGAACGAUGGCUCUGAAAGGAGUCUUCAAGGAACGACUUCUUCAGAUCGUUUCGGUGGCUACACAGGUGGCCAUAUCUCGGCGAGUGCAGAGGUACAAGCUCGCAUUGCGCGGGCGUCAAGACGCCGAAAACAGGCGAACAAGAUCGACCUCGGACCAGUCAACGCCAAUGAUAUGGGGAUGGAGUGUAGACGCAUCGUAGAACGCGUUUUCGUUUGAAGUUGGCGUCUUGUUUGAGAGUAGAUGUGACAGAUUUGCGUAGAAUAGGGUAAGAUGUUAUCAUGAACGGAGAUGAAAGGGCUUUUCCAACACGGAGAUGUAGCAUGGAUCAAAGCAUUUGUUGGAUUUCAGCUUUUACAAGAGGACAUCAACGCAGUAGUAUUUUAGCAAGCUUACGAACGCAUAUAGGAUACCAUCAGGAUUGUCAUUGGUUUUAUUUCAAGUUGAAGAGGAGAUGUUUUUACGAUGUAAAUGACAGUAGAAAUAAGUCCUACAUAUGUCGUUGUACUUCGUAUUGGUUUAAUAUUCAUGUAGAG